AAAGCAGGAGAUUGUUGUGGAACAUGUGUGCAAAGGAACUGUACUUACAUGAUAGACAGCACCACAUACACUCUUCAGGUUGGAGAAGUUCACAGUUAUAAAUGUGAAAAUGUGACCUGUAGUGUCAUUAGUGGCUCUCCCGUGACCAUGAGAAACUCUGAGAAGUGCACUUACUUGAGCUCACUUGACUGUAAACUUGGUUUUGAAUACGUCUAUCAAGAAGGAGAUUGUUGUGGAGCAUGUGUGCAAAGGAACUGUACUUACAUGGUGGACAACACCACAUACACUCUUCAGGUUGGAGAAGUUCACAGUUACAACUGUGAAAAUGUGACCUGUAGUGUCAUUAGUGGCUCUCCUGUGACUGAGAGGAACACUGAGAAGUGCACUUACUUGAGUUCACUUGACUGUAAACUUGGCUCUGAAUAUGUGAAACAAGAAGGAGAUUGUUGUGGAACAUGUGUGCAAAGGAGCUGUACUUACAUGGUAGACGAAACCACAUACACUCUUCAGGUUGGAGAAGUUCACAGUUACAAAUGUGAAAAUGUGACCUGUAGUGCCAUUAGUGGCUCUCCUGUGACUGAGAGGAACUCUGAGAAGUGCACUUACUUGAGCUCACUUGACUGUAAACCUUGCUUUGAAUAUGUGAAACAAGAGGACGAGUGCUGUGGAACCUGUAAACAAACAUGUUGUGUUUACGAAGCGCCAGACAACACUACGCAUACUCUCCAGAGUGGAGAGGCUUACACAUCCAAAUGCGAGACCGGUACCUGUCAUGAAGUGAAUGGCUUGUUUGAGACUGAGAAGAAGGUUAAGGAAUGCCCUCCGUUUAACGCAGACGACUGCGACCCUGGAACAAUCAAAUUGGACUCGGAUCAAUGCUGUUACACAUGUGAAACUCGCAACUGUGUUCGUCAGAUAAAUAUCACCCGUCUGCAAGUCAAAGACUGCACUUCUGUACAGAAUGUCGAAAUCCCAUCCUGCACUGGCCAUUGUGGCUCCAUGUAUUCACUGUACGCCAAUCAAAUGACCAGCUGCUCCUGCUGCCAGAAAGAUAAGUCUUCCAGUUUACCAGUGAAGCUGAAGUGCACCAAUGGAACAGAGAUCGAUUAUAACUACACUUACAUAGAGACAUGCAAAUGCACUCCAAUGAAGUGUGCAGACAAGCAUUAAAGGCAAAUAAGAGAUCCUGCUUUAAAUUUGACUCUGUAAUCUGAC